UUAAAAAAUUGUCACCAAAUCCCAAAAAGAACCAAGUUUUGGAAGUUUCAUGAGUAGUUAUUUGCAGUGUAUUCUCAACAUUCAUGACUGGGAAUUAGGUCCUGCUGGAGGUCAGGGUCUCCUGGUUGGAUGGAUACAUCAUGGGAUUAGUCAGGUGACCUGGCUAGGCAGAGGUGAGUUCAGGUGCUUUUGUGUUGGGCAAGUCACUUUACCAGAGUUUCUAUCUCUGAUGUGAAAGGGGGACUAUAGUUUGUCCUAUAACAUGAAGAUCUAAUAAACCACUGAGGGAGAACUAAUUAUGUGCUGAGGUGAGGGAUUCUUAUUGUAGAUAUUAAUAGGAUACAAAUUCAAGGAAACAAAGCCUCCAGCCUUGGAACGCCUUUCAGGCAAUGGCUGCUGCACAUUAUAACCCCUCUACAGUAAAUGGUGGUUUUCAUGGUUGCUCACAUUUACAAAUGUCAGAGGAAAAAAAAAUCCCUCAAACUUUCCAAGAACAGGCCUGCCUUUAUUCAAACCAGUUCACCCAGUUCGCUGAUUUUUUUUUUUUUUUUUUUUUUGAGCUAUAGGCAGAGUAAGCUUUCUGGGCUUCCAGAUAGAUCUGGGGGAAUGAAUGUUCAACUUCCAGGGGUUCCUUUAUUUGAGCACAGAACAGAGAAAGUAGCCCUGAAACAACUGACUCUCUGCUAUUCAGGGCUGUCAAUAAGACCUUCCAGGAACUGACUCCCAGGUCAAGGGAAGCUCCAAAUCUCUUCAUCCAUUGGGUGGUCCGUGUGUUCCGCUGACAUAUAACCUAAUUCAUUGUUCAGUGGGAAGGAGGGAGUAAGGGCCCUGCCUAGAGGCGGGAACACCGCUGGGAGUCUGAGUACGCGGGUCCUGCGCCUGGAUUCGUGGUGUGUAUGACUUUGUAUAAGUCAUUUCUCCUCCAGAGCUUCACUUUUUUCAUGUGUAAAGUGGAAGGUUUGGAAGCUGAUUUUUGCCCGCUCUGACAUCCAGUACAUAUUGAGUUGGCAGGGAAUCCAGGGCGGGGCUCAGGAGCCACAUCUCAAAAGGGGAUUCCAGGGAAGGAUCUCUGCUGCUCAGGCUCAGCGCCCUAACUUGGCGCUUUAAGAGCAGACGCAGGUUCUGUCAUUUCUUCAGCCCCUCAAGUUGGCCACUUCCUCCUGCUACGUCUUCUUCCUCUUCCUGCAGUGCAGGCAAAGCCCCCACACCUCCCUCUUUUCCUUCCUCCUUUGAAAGCUCCCUGCAUCCCCGCGUCUCCACCUCUUUCUCCCAAGAAAUAAAAUGCCCCUUGUGAGCCCACCUUUUGGCCAAACCACUGCCGGCUGCGAGCACCCCCUCCUCCGCCAGGCGAGCGUCGCUCGGCGGCCCCGCGGGCACCCGCCUUCCCAUACCUUACAUGGACAAAUGCGUGCAGGCAAAGUCAGGAAUUCAGGCCCCUGACGUCAGCUUCCAGCUCUCAGGGCACCGCACGGGAGACCAAGGGGGAGGGGGUGGGGACGGUGGGGAGGAAGGAGGGGGAAAGGCACCAACCAGCAGCCGCUCCAGCCCUGCCGAAGUUUCACUUUUUGUCUGUGGGUUCGCUCCCGGGCCCCGCGCGAGCUUUCCCGGGAUAUAAGUAGCUUUAGCGAGCGGGGGACAGCUGGGCGCUGCAAGAUAUUGAAGAGAAUCCUGGCAACUAGCGUGGUCUGAAGGAAGGCAGACCAGCGCCUGUACUCUCCGAGCUCUUUGGGUGCCUCUAGCUCCCAGGGGACCUGCAUCAGGACCUGAGGUGGGAUCAUUGAGACUCAGAAACAGAAUCGAAGACAGAAUCCAGUCACGUGGUUCUCAGUCUAGAACUCUCUUUCAUUGUUCUGGGCACUCAUCGGAGGGAAGAUAUUUUUCUUCAGUUGACACUAGCAUUGCAGUUUGCUGAACCCUGUGUCCGUUGACCAUUCCAAAAGCUAUCAGCUGAGAUUCCAACAAUGUCUCACCCAUCUUGGCUACCACCCAAAAGCACUGGUGAGCCCCUUGGCCAUGUACCUGCACGGAUGGAGACGACCCAUUCCUUUGGAACUCCCAGCAUUUCAGUGUCCACACAACAGCCACCUAAGAAGUUUGCACCAGUAGUUGCUCCAAAGCCUAAAUACAACCCCUAUAAGCAACCUGGAGGUGAAGGUGAUUUUCCUCCACCCCCACCCCCACCUCUAGAGGAUGCCGGUGCUCUUCCAUCUGGCUCUGGAAACUUCCCUCCUCCACCACCCCUUGAUGAAGGUGCUUUCAGGGCACAGGGAAAUCCUGGAGGCAAGACCCUUGAGGAGAGACGCUCUAGCCUGGAUGCUGAGAUUGACUCCUUGACCAGCAUUUUAGCUGACCUUGAGUGCAGCUCCCCCUACAAGCCCCGGGCUCCACAGGGCUCUACUAGUGCAACAGCUUCUCCUCCAGUCUCUACCCCUGUCACUGGACACAAGAGAAUGGUCAUACCAAACCAACCCCCUCUAACAGCAACCAAAAAGUCUACAUUGAAACCACAGCCUGCACCUCAGGCUGGACCCAUCCCUGUGGCUCCGAUUGGAACACUAAAACCCCAGCCUCAGCCAGUGCCAGCCUCCUACACUACAGCAUCCACCCCUUCAAGGCCUACCUUCAACGUGCAAGUGAAGUCGGCCCAGCCCAGCUCUCAUUACAUGGCUGCUCCUUCACCAGGACAAUUUUAUGGCCCAGGGCCAGGGCCACAGGGCUAUAAUCCUCAACCAGUUCCUAUUUCAGGGCAGUGUCCACCUCCUUCAACACGAGGAGGCAUGGAUUAUACAUAUAUUCCACCACCAGGACUUCAGCCUGAGCCUGGGUAUGGGUAUGGCCCCAACCAAGGACGCUAUUAUGAAGCCUAUUGCCCAGCAGGGCCUGCCUACGGGGGCAAACAUGACUCCGAUCCUGCCUAUGGUCAGCAAGGUCACCCCAAUACCUGGAAGCGGGAACAAGGAUACACUCCCUCUGGAACAGGGAGCCAGAACCCUACUGGGAUGUAUCCAGUCGCUGGUCCCAAGAAGACCUAUAUCACAGAUCCUGUUCCAGCCCCCUGUGCGCCACCACUGCAACCAAAGGGUGGACAAACUGGGACAAAGGGGCCUCCAGCAGUUACCGCCUCAUUCCGCCCAGAAGAUGAGCUGGAGCACCUGACCAAGAAGAUGCUGUAUGACAUGGAAAACCCUCCUGCCGAUGAAUACUUUGGCCGCUGUGCUCGCUGUGGGGAAAAUGUAGUGGGGGAAGGGACUGGAUGCACUGCCAUGGAUCAGGUCUUCCACGUGGAUUGUUUUACUUGCAUCGUCUGCAACAACAAGCUCCGAGGGCAGCCCUUCUAUGCGGUGGAGAAGAAAGCCUACUGUGAGCCCUGCUACAUUAAUACCCUGGAGCAGUGCAGCGUGUGCUCCAAACCCAUCAUGGAGCGCAUUCUCCGAGCCACUGGGAAGGCCUAUCACCCUCACUGCUUUACCUGUGUGAUGUGCCACCGCAGCCUGGACGGCAUCCCAUUCACCGUGGAUGCUGGCGGCCUCAUCCACUGCAUCGAGGACUUCCACAAGAAAUUUGCCCCCCGAUGUUCGGUGUGCAAGGAGCCUAUCAUGCCAGCCCCAGGCCAGGAAGAGACUGUCCGGAUCGUGGCUCUGGAUCGCGAUUUCCAUGUUCAUUGCUACCGGUGUGAGGAUUGUGGUGGUCUCCUGUCUGAAGGAGAUAACCAAGGCUGCUACCCUCUGGAUGGACACAUCCUCUGCAAGACCUGCAACUCGGCCCGCAUCAGAGUGCUGACUGCCAAGGCUAGCACUGAUCUCUAAAUUCAGUGGCCCGUCUAGCUGAUUAGUUGGUGGCACUGAGAAGAAUGAAAUACAAGAAAAAAUAUAAGAAAAGAAGUAGGAAAAUAGAGGAAAGGCAAUCAAGCUAUGGGAUGGUCUCUGUUCUUCAUCUACUGGUAACCUUUCUGUAGAAACACGUAGAUUAUGAGAUUUUUUUUUUUUUUAAUUCUUACCAAAUACACAUUUCACAUUUAAUCAUGUAGGACCUUGAUGGCCUUUGUUUCCAAGGACUUCCACAUUUUUACACAGAUUAUGUUCCAUCCCAUUCACUUCUGCAUUCCUGUGACUUUUAAUCCCUAUGUUUGUCUCACUUUUCAUCUGGUUGAAUGGCUUUUUUUAGUGUGGUAUUUGCUGUCACAGUUUUUCUUGGGUGAGUCUGCCAACUCACAGGUGCUUUUAGGCUUGAAGGCUCCAUCCUAUUACUUCCACGUUGCUUGUGAUCAUAAAAGACAUCCUUGCUUUCUUUGUGUAUUGAAAAGUAUAGCUUUCUGUUUCUCUAAACUGGUCAUGUACCUUGGGGGAAAAAAAACUCACAGUUUUUAUGUUAGGUUAUAAAGAAUUUAAGCUGUAAAUUACAUGGGUUCAAACAAGCCCAAAUUUACUUUGCAGCCAUCCAAAUUCAAAAUCUAUAGUGACCAGUGGUUGGGGCUCAUUUGAAAAUAGAUACUAGUGAAAGAGAUUCAAACUUCAAUCUUUUUCUGAAGAAAUUACAGGUGGGAUAUAAUGGGUACUGCAUUUUAGGGGUAUGUUUAAAAAGUCCAUUAUCAUCCCACAAUAUUCUCUUAAAAUUUCCCUUUUCCGUAUUGGCUGGACAUAAUAAAACAGACAAACUUAGUUUUCUCUGGAAUAUAACAUUUUCUAUACUGUCUAUUAUUGUUCAAUAUCAGUAAUAUUGACAAGUUUUUUUCUAAUAUUCAAACAUGACUACCAAAAUUGACUCUUUUUGAUAGUGAAAAAUAUCUAUAAGGAGCAGUUCAAAUUGUAUUUUUUUCCCCCCAGGACCAAGUCCUUUCUGCCUGACAAUUGCAAAUCAGGGCACACAAAAUAAAAUUGUGUAGUUUUGUUUAAUUUGCUUUAAAAAGCCAGGAAAACUUAAAAAGAUUGUGAAACCACAGUUUCAUUAUUCUCUUAAUCCUUCUGCAACUCAAAUUACUUAUUGCAGGAGACAUUUUCAUAUCAUUGAUGUGACAUUUACACCACACUUUCAAAGGCAAUCACUGAAAAAAAAAAUGCCUUUCUGAGCUAAAAAUAUGCAAAGUCUCUGCCUGGAAUCUUUAUUCAAACUACUGGGCAGUGAAAUGCUUACUUACCAACUGUAGAACCACACACUUUGUCAGGUUCUAACAUGUUUCUUUUAAGGAGAGACACCUAUCUUAAUAAUGGCAGGCUGCUGUUUUUUAAACGAAUCAAGUAUUUUGGAUUGAGAUUUCUUAAACUUGACUUCAAAUCUUCCACAAGUAUAUGCUUUUAAAUUAUGAAAUAUUUUAAAUAUACACAAAAGUAUAAAUAAUAAUAUAAUGAAUCCCUAUAUAUAUGUAACACCACCCACCUUAAGAAAUCAAAUAUAACAAAUAUAAUUACAUUUCCCUGUGUACCUUUCCCUGACUCCAUAAGUAUCUUUUUCAUGAUUAUAAAGUGACAGCCAUUAUAAAUAUUUUUAAUGCAACUUUUUAAAAUUUUUAUUUUUAACACCCAGAACAGAAAUAAAAAAUUAUUUGUGCAUGUUUUCAAUUUCAACCCAUGCCUUAGAAAUUUCAAUUACAUGUAUUUUACUUUAGUAAGAAUAAUCAUAAAAUGGUUCAUUUUUUUCUUUUUUUCAAUAAGAAAAUCUUAAGUCCAUAGCUCUUCUAAGUUAAUUUGUGGCUCAUUUGCUUUGGUCACUAAACAGUUUUGUGUUAGAACCACCAAAGGUAUAGCUUUAUAAAGUUUCCUUUGACCACUGUCUUCUCCUUACCUUACUACUCCUAUCCUUAAUCUUAAAUUUCUCAUAAUGUGAAAUACAAUAAGAUCCACUUUGCACAGCAUGUGAAUUUCAGGAUACAGUGGUGAUUGUAUCUCUGAAUUUCUGCCUUCCAAAUUAAAAGCCAGACCAUGCUGAUGACCUCAAAGAGCACUGACUGUUAGACAACGGGGGCGAUAAUAUAAUCUGCUUGAAUUGCUUCAGUAACUUGUUUUCUAUGAAACACUUGGGAAAAACUGUCUUUAGGCCAAAAGCAAAGAGCGCAAUUUAUUGAAAGAUGGAUUUUAUCUCUUGAAUAGCAGUCAUAUUAUUAUAAAUUUUGCCAAAAAAGGAAGAAUUUAUGAAAUAUUUAUACUAUAAAAAUGCAAUAACAUUCUACUUGUUUGUUACAUUUAAGUCCUUAUGUAACUGAAUGUUUACAAGCCAAAAAAAUAGUUAUAAUAAAAUGCUGUCACAGACCCAUCACUGUGGCAUUGCCAGAAUACUGCUUGCUUACAAUCUUUAUAGUACAUUUUUGUCACAUAACCUCAGAGUAUCUUUACCAAAGAUUUUUAAAGUAAAUCUCUUUUAAUAUAGACUUAUAUACUUUUAUAUAAUGAAUGUACACACAUACAUAUGCAGAAAUAUUUAGAUUUAGAUUUUUUUCUUUCACAAGGUAUGAUAAGGAAAGGAUCCUGCAAUAUUUUAUUCCAGGAUUUCUUAAAAAUAUGAUUUAUAUUGCUUUCUUGUCUUUUCUAUUAAUCAUUUGACUUUUAAAACAAUGCCAAUCACUCCUUACUGUUUUAGUUACAUGAAAUUUUGCCUAUAGCAGAGAUAUAAAGUUCAUAUUACCUUAAUGAUUAUAAUUCUAUUAUUUUUUGAUAUAUUGUCUUAAUUGUUGACAUUUAAAUUUAUAAAUAAUAGAAAAAAUAGAGUCUAUAAGAGAAUGUUUGUUAAAAAUAUACUGGUUUUAAAAAAUUGUCAAGAACACAAAUAUUUGGUAACUCUGUGUUAACGUAAGAGACAUGAAAAAGGGAAAAAAAACCCACUCUGUCAUGGGCUCUGCAGGCUAUUUCAAAAUCAGAUUUCUUCAUUGCCUGGAUCCCCAGCUCAUGUUAACACAAUGUACAGUCUCAUGUGCAAAUGAAAUUGCCUUUAAAACUUAAAAAUCAGUCACGUGUCCCAAGUAUAAGGCAGCAAGACUUUGAGAUGCUGAAAAUUUCUGCAGCUCAAACAUGUGGGUUCUUUUUCCUGUCAUUAACAAAUUGUUUCUGUAGGAGCAACUUCUCUGAUCAAAAUUACUUCAUUGGGUGUAUGCUGAUGAAUGCAGUGGAGUUAUCAACACUAUAAUUGUUUUGUCACUGUGAAAGAUUCUUCAUAGAUGCUUAUGGUGAUGUCUAAAGUAUGUAAAACUCUAACUACAUUUAAAGAAGUAUUUUCAUUUGGGUCCAGAGGAAGAAAGAGAGCUCUUUUACCAUGGGGCUAUCGUAGAGCGUUUUACGGAAUAUAGACAGGACUCUGAAAACACAACGCCCAACCUUUUUCCUAGUUAGAAAAAUCCUAUUAAUGUGAACCAGCCAGGAAUAACAGUGUUAUUUCUAUUUGAUAUGGUUUGGGCUUCUCUUGUCAAAUCUAUGUCAGCUGCCCCCAUCCCUCCAUUAUCAAGUUUUGAAGGGUGUUGGGGAAAUUAUGGCAGCUGCCAGGAAGAUCAGGGAAACACUGAUGUAACCUCACAGCCUCGCACCAUUCCUCUUGGCUUGGAAAGGCUAUUUUUCCAUAUACAUUUCUAGAAAUAUUGCUAUACUACCUUAGUAUUUCACAUUUGUAGUUUAAACAAGCGAUUGUCCAUCUGUUGCCUACAGCUACACUACAUGUGUGUUAUGAAAUAUGACAGCAUGUUCCAUACCCUGCUUUAGCCAUCUGUGGGGAACCAGUAGGCUGAAAAAGAUAUACCUCUGUGAAAUGUUCCUCGAGUCCUUUUCCUGAGAUUGUUCUUUUGGUGCACUUUCAUGGGAGACAAUCAGCAACAUAUACGCGUAUGUGUGCCUUAUUUUUAAAGAAUCUUCACACUACUAUGAAUAUCCCACUGAAGAACCUGUAGCAUUCACAAUCCCCAAAUCUCAAAGAUAUACUCAUCCAAAAGUCCAACAAAAUCCAGGGAAGUCUGAACUCUUCAUCUUAAUCUAUCCUAAUAGGAUUUCUUUGUCUUUAUCUCUUGGAAGUACCUUAAUGGAUUCCUAAAUUGGGGAAACAUUCUUAUGGCCAUGAAGUGAUGUACUGGAUGUUGUCAGUGAUCAAGUUUGGUGUUACUCUGGUUUUAGUCAGGUAACAAGGACAAGACUUCACCUUGAGCCUUUAACCCUCACUCAGCAUGUCCACUGUUUUUUAAUUGCCAUAGUUUUUCAAUUUAUGUAUUUUUUUUAAUUGAAUAGUGAACGGAACACGAUGAGAAUCCUGGUUCUGAGUCAUCAUGGUGUGACCUUGAACAACUUAACAGGUCGAGUUAUUUACUUGACAGAUAACUAGAAUGACAUUUUUCUCAUGAGGCUGUUGUUUGGUUAGCACACUAUUUGACACUUUUAAAAAAUUAUCUGGUUAAAACUAUGAGACGUGGUGAGAAUUUUUACUCCCUCCUUUUCUUCUUCUUUCUUCCUUCUUUUCUUUCUUACCUCUUUCCUCCCUCCCUUUUUCCUUCCAUCCAUCCUACCUAUUAAUGCUAUCCUGCUUGGGCUUCCCAUAAACAAAUCAAUGUAUUACAAUCCUUAUGGUGUUAUAAUCAUAUUAAGGGAAGAAGAAUACCACAAAAUAUAUGUAGCAAUCGUAAACCCUUCCUUUAAAAGGGCAUAUUUUCCAGAUUGUGUUUAUUCAUAAAAUGAGAUAAUAGAGUCUUUCAGUUUUAUUUUAAUGAGUUUUCAUUAGGCACUCUGAUCACAGAGUCCUUGGCAAAUUCGUUUAUGACUACCCUUCUUUUCUCAGCUAUAUGCAAAGUAAUCUUUCUGAGACUAGGUUAGGUUUUGUUUUUAAUCCAAAGCAUUUUGACCAACAAAACAAGUAUGUGUUUAGUGGUAGCAUGUUAUUUUAUUCCACUGAAACUUGAUAAUUUCUCUUAUGGCAAGGAAAAACUGUUAUCCUUCUGGAAUUCUUAAACAUACCAACAUUUUGCCUAUGACAGUGAUAUUAAAUCUUAACAGUUGAAUCACAAUAUUUUGUAGAGGGGAGUCAGCACCAAAGCUUUUCCUGGAGCACAGAUUACAAGCCUGCUUAUAAAAAGCAACCUGAGAACAAGAAGUCCGGGUCCCUCCUUGAAGCAUUUUGUUAAAAUUUGGGUCUGAGAUUCUUUUGAAGUCUGGCUAAUACUGUUAAAAAUUUUUUUUAAAAAAAUAGGCCCUUUGUUUGUUUGGAAAAGGCUGGUAACUCUAAGAAUAUAUUUCCAGUUUGGGUUUCUAUCCUCACUUCCAUUUUCUAUAAGUUUUCACAGGGUUGACACUGAUUUUCCUAUUUGGGAGGGUCCCAUAUGAAGAAAAUAAAACAUACUUAAUUCAAUACGUAAAUGAAAUUACCAAGAAUUAAUGACAGUCUCAGUGAGUAUGUUGUUUUGAUACAUAGACAGAGUUGUUGUUUUUGUUUUUGUUUUUGUUUUUCCUAACCUGCCUCCAGAAGAGUCAGAUUCAGGAAGAGGAGGAAUUUGAUACAAGGGGCAAUCUAUAAUUAAAACUACGACAACAGAGUUCCUGUAUCGUGUAACUGAGAAUUUUCAUAAGGGUUUUAGGGAUCAGCAGUUGUAGUUAUUUAAACAGGUAAAAUAUUUAACUUUCCAACUUUAUGAGGUGUUUAAAAAUCACUAUAGCUAACCCUAUAUUUUCCCCUUGUCAGAAGAGAGUAAAAGGAGAGCACUGCUUGUCCCAUGGCAUGACCAUAACUACACCUGAACUUUUAUAAUACAUGACCUCUCAUCCCCUCUGAGAGGGGCGUAUAGCUCGCCUCUUUCUGAGGUGAUGACACAUAUUCUGACAUAGUCUUAGGCAAACUGUACUACAUGCUAAGCAUCUGCGUGGGUUAAAGGGUUUUGUUUUCAUACAUUCAAUGUUUUAUCCUUUUUCAGUGUACUUACCUGGUGAGCACAAGAAGUAGCAGGUUUUUUGGUCUGUGGUUCUCUCGUUCAAAUCUAAUCGUCCACUUUCUGUGAUGUCUCACCUAAAUACUAUGAUUGAUUUGUACUAGUUUUCUCUUUUUAGGUGCAAACACAGAAAACUAAUUUUAUCUUACUAACUUGAAAAAUAAAUAUAAAAUGACAUAUUUUCCCUUCACUAUAGAAAGGAAGGAUACAUUCCUUUCUCUAUUUUACUUUCCUGACCUCUGUGCAAAAAGACUUUAUUUUAGUUAUCCAACAUGCAAGUAGUUUAUUUGAGGGGAAUUGUGUGAAAGAUGCAUUUUUACUAAACUCAGUGGCAUUUUCCCUUUGAAGUUACAAAAAGGUUAUUAAAAUCUUUGCUCUUUAUUUCUGAUUAUUUAAUGUACAGCGGUCUCUAACCCCACUAAUAAAUAUCUCUAUUUCCAUCCUUUGUUAUCAACAAAAAUUAAUAUUCUAUAAGUAGGAAGGCAUACUAGAAAGGAGGAAACCCUACAGCUAAUUCCUCUGUAAAACUAUAGAUGAUUUCAUUAAUACUUUCCUACUGUAUAUCUUUGUUAAUUUUCCAAGGUACUCAUCCUUUUAGGGGCAAGAGAAAACCUCAUUUAUCUAACUAUGAUAGAUGUUUACCUAAUCUUCCCUAAUAGGAGCUUUAUUAAACAACCCACAAAUGUGUUCAGUCAACUUGGCACUGAACAUAACUUCUAAUUCUGCUCUCAACCCCUGGAAUAGAAUGACUUACCAAGAAUGAGACUGGUGUCGCUAUGUCACCUUGUAUUCUAUACCAGUUUGGAGGGCUAUCGCUGACCCCAGCCGCCAGGGCUAUUUGUAGACAAACACAGAAUCAUGAAGCUUUAAGGUUCUGAAUCCUUUCUGUUAUUUUCCUGACAUGCCACCAUCCCACAUCUCAGACCUGCUAGUAUGUAGUACUGCUUACAGCAGUCCAUUCUACCAUCAAGGCAACUCUCCUACAAAAGUUCUUCUUUAUGUUAAACAAAGAUCUGGCUGUAGAGCUAUGCAAAGCAAUUCUAACAUCUAAAUCUUUGCCUCCAGGUCAGAUAUCAAUAACUGUUUUAACUUUUCCUUAUUUAUUGACGUGGUGUCAAGUCCAAACACCUUUCUGCUUUUCCUUUGAACAGUUGGACCUAAAAAUGUUUUCUAAUUUUAUUUCAAUCUACUGGGUCAGGCUAGGUGAAAAUACUUUCUUCAGUGUUAAAAGUAAAUAGAAUUUGAAUCACCCAAAAGAAACUGACAUUCAAUGUGAAUAUUUCUCCCAAGGACUCAGACCCAGGAGAGUGAAUGCGAGAUGAGGAUAGAUCUCGCUUGUGUAUAAAACAGUAGUCCUCUUACUCUAUGUCCUGUACUGUUUUGAUGUUGCCACAUUCAAAGUCAUUCUGAAUCCAAGAGCUAGUACAUAUGCCAUCCGUUAGAUGCCCACUUCUAGGUAGAUGUUCAUAAAUUCUCCUCAAUCCUUUCUUUCCCUUUGCCCCAUCCUCUCAAGAAUAAGACAGUUCUAGUCCAUGUUCCCAUACCAAAUAUACUAAAGAGUCCUUGAUACUUUAUAGGUUAAACAUAAAUACUUACUGACUGACUGGUUUGGAGGGUCAGUUCCAUUUUUCUGGGUUCAAUUGUUUGUACCCAGAGAUGUUGCACUUUAGACCAAGUGAGCAGCUUCCCUACAUGAUCGAUUAGAUAUUGUGUCUAGGAGUUCAUAUUUUCUCUUCACUUUUGUCUUUCUCACAUCCUUAUCCUUUACUCAUUUGUUUAAUUUCCUAAUCGCUGUAAUAGAAUCAGCUCCUAACUUUGGUUCCAGCUCCUAAGUAACUUUGAUUCAGGCUAAGUACAAUAAGAUCAAAUAGGCUCAACGUUACUCCACAGGAAGAAAUCUAGUGACAGGAAGAAUACUUCUUUCCAGUACCAUCAAGGAGGCUUCAUGGAGGAGUGAAAUUUAGUAAGAAAUCUUGAAUUGAUGCAUUGUCUUGAUUUAGAGUUGAGGGAAGAAUAUUUCAGGCACCAGAAACAACAGAAAGCAGAGGCUACAUUCAGUGAAGACCCUCUACUUUAUGUAUCACAGAUUCUGGAAUUUCCUUAACAAGAAGCAAAGGCUUCCAGAUAUUCAGGGUCAAUGGGAAGAAAAAGGCAUAAAGGAAGGCUGAUUCAAUUAUUUGCAUUUUCAUCUGAAGAUAGUAUGAGUUGCCCAAAUGUAAUACAACACAAACAGUGUGAACAGGAAGCUUUAUUCAUAAGAUACAAAAUGUACAUUCUGACUGGCUCAUAACUACGUACUUCACUCUUGUAGCAAACAUACCUACCUGUCUUUUGAACCCCUGCAAGAGAAUGAGCAAAGCCCCCCUAUUUUCCUAUUGCUUCUAGGUCACAAUCAGAAAAGACUCCAUAGUCACCUCUUCCACUUAGUGUUAAAAUUCCCUGACAGAUUCAUUGCAAAGUGAUAAUCCAGACUCUGCUUAAACAUCGGCAUCCAGGAGCUCGUUACUUUCAGCUCUUCCGUUUCCUCCAUCACACUUUGUUCUAAGUUCCCUCUGACUCUGAAAGAGAACGAGCCUUCAUGGCUUAUGUUCUCCUUGGUGCUACACAAGAUUAAUCCUUACUACAAAAUAAAAUGUUGAUUUUUACCUGAUUAUAAAAAAAAAAUCUUUAGACAUCCUUAAAAAUAGUCUGAAGGAUUUUCUGAGAGUCAGGUUUUAGAAUUUAUGAGUUGCUUGUUGUUUUUACUUUCUUAUUCAAAAGACAAACUGUUCUGCCAGUUGUUAUGUAGCUUUAUGCCUUCCCCCCCAUACCUAUCCCAUUAAUGAUACACUCCAGUUAACUGGCCUGCUGAUAAUGACCUUAAAAUGUUGGGAAAUGUCAGUAUGUGAUCUUCAAUUCUAACAAGGAAAAAGUUAAAAGCAAAAGAUAGUGCUUCUGUUAAAACUCAUUACCUCUGGCCAGUUCUGUGCAAAAGGAAAUCUUUCUUGAGCCGGAAGGAGCUAUAGUACAUUAUAGUUUUAUGUAGAAAAGUAUAAAUGCUUUCAUAAUUGCCCUGGGUUGCUAUUUAGUUUCAAUAGUAUUUCUUGGUCUUUGGCAGGACAAAGCUUGCAGCUUCUUCCACCCCAUUUCGGAAUUAGAAAGCCCUAUCAGCAGAACCUGUCAUCAGUCUCCUGGGCAGGACCUGGGGGUGGCUUUCUGAGGUCUAAAAUAAUAAUUCCUAAGAGAGCUUACAAACUGCUUUCACACAUAAAACAGCCCUGAGAGGAAAGUUAUUAAUAGCCCUACCCUAGAAGAGAAAGUUGCGGCUCAGAAUCGUUAAGUGACUUGCCAAGGGCGAUACAGCUGGUAAGUGGCAGUUUGGGAUGGACCCCGAUCUUGCAAGUCCAGUGCUCUCUCCAGUGGCCACUGCCAGGGCACAGAAUACCUCAGAGCACAGUAUGUGUUUCUCACAGACUAAAGUACCCCCUGUUCGAAGGCAUCCAAGGAAAUUCACACAGACUUUUUAGCUAUCAGGUGGCCAAUCCACAUGGGCACUGUCGGAGACCAUUUAGAGCUGGCAUACCUAUUGUGUCAUCUUGUGGGAAACUACUAGGUAGUCUGUCUGAUGGACACUGUGAUGAAGUCAGUGGGGAAAGGCCACCGCUAAGAACAAACAACUGUGGCACUGAAGCACACUGCAGCACAUUGCCCCAGAGAUAGUGGGUUUACUUUACAUUAACUGAAAAACUCUCUGGGACUGUGAGAUUCAGAAUAUCAACAAGACCCUGUCACUUAGAGUUCAGUGGAGUGCACAGGUGACUUGAUCUUAAGACGUGUGUCUCUCCUGUGGGCCACAGUGUAUGCCCCACAGAGGCCAAAACUACUGUAGGUAAACAAUGCAUCUUAUUCUCUCUCUCAGUGCACAUUUAUUGAGGCCCCCCCCCAUUUUCUGUGUCACUGUAUCAUGCAGUCCCAAACCAGUCCACCAACCCAUGAUCUUAAGAUGUCUGUGAACAUAUGCUGUGGGACUGAUGGCGGUUCUGAGAUUUGACCUUUGCCAUUAGCUAGAGCAGGCUUCAGGGGCUGUAGUAAUUUUGUGAUUUUGUGCAUGCUCUCAUGGGGACUUUGGUCCUGUGUAUUUCCAGUACACUUACUGGGAAGCCUUUGUAUUAUUCUGGAAGCUGCUUUGCAUGGCAGUUCAACAACGACUGUUCCUUCUCUUGAGCUGGGUCUCUCAGGAAGCUGUGCCUUUUGAUGUGUGCUCUUGGGAUUUUAUUUCAUCCUAUUUCUCUCUUAUAGUUGUUUGGCUUUCGGUUAAAAUCUGUGAACUGAUUGAAAAUAUUCUUUCUUCAUCUGAGUUAAAUCUACUGCAGGAAACUUUUAAAAUGACCUUAUCUAUUCAGCUUUCUAGGCAUUUUCCCUCCCUAGAGUCUACCAUCCAUCAUGCUAGUCUCAUCAUCUAUCUGCUUAUUCCCUGGGAUUAGUGAGGGUCAAGUUAAAUAACAAAUGGCCUCUUACCUCUUUCCAAUCUUCAUACCUAGGAAAUAUAGGAGUGGCUGGAGGGGCCAGCAGGGACAGCAGAGUACUAACCUUGGUUGAGAUGGCAACAUCCAGAGUCUGGAAAAGUGCCCCAUUUUCUAUGAGGUUUGAUAAAUAUUAUGGCUGAUGGAGUGAAAAACGAUGUAGAAUAGAUGGAGUACCCCUACCCAGGAGGGAAUUAAUAGAAGCAACAUUUUGAGAACUUCUCGGAAUUACCUAGGUGAGUACGCCUGAGUAGAGACCCACUUGGGUGGAACCUGUGACAUCUUAUUCGAGGAAAUAAAAGUACAGUGAGACAGUGGAUAUGAAAAAGCAGCUCUUUAACAAAAUAAAGAGUGCCACAAACCCCGAUAUACCUUUACAUAAUGUAAAGAAAAUUAUCAAUAAAAAAUUGUUUUCCUCCAUUCUAUACAGCAUAGUCCCCAAUAUUUAGGGGAAAUACAAUGGUGUUGUCCUUAAAACACACCCAAGCGUGUGCAUGCACGCGUGCGCACACACUCACAUGCACACACAUCUUCCAAGAAAGCUGAUCUUUCAAAAAAGAAACUUAUUUUUAAACACUUGGGUUUUUCAGGCCAGAAAAUUAAUAAUUCCUAGACCUGACCCAUUUUUGUAGCUGCCAAAAAAGAAAAGAGAAAGUUAUUUAAAUUUUGUAUGGAUCCAUUUAUCUCUUAAAAUAUUCCAAAGGAAUUUGAGGUGGGGAUGGAAACUAAUGUAGUUAUCUCUCCUGCUCGAUUCAUUCUUUAUAUUUCUAUUUGUUGGGAAGAAGGUCAAGAACUAUUCUUGGGCCAUUAUUACUGAUGUGUUGUGUUGCCACUUUGUACAGUGCCUGCUUUGCUUCGCACCAAGGCAUAGGAUUAGUAGUUGCUUUCUUGACUCCAUUUCCUCUAUUAGGAAAGAGUAAAUAUUAAGCCUGAAUGUCUUUUUCCUCACCACAUUAUUUAACUCCAUUUCUGAACUAGUUUACAAAAAGCGAAAUAGAGAAAGCUAGGUUUUUUGGAUACAUUUCUCCCCCCACCCCCUCCGGGAGACUUAUGUAUAUAAGGGGAAAAAAAAUAUCCAGUCCCUUCUCUGUUGUUCUCCUUGGGUGACAAUUGAUGAUCACUUAUUAAUAAUAUUCAACCAGAAGCAGAAGAAACGCCUAGCCAGGUUAUGAUAUAUCUGCCAGCGUGUUUCAUUCCUUCAAACACAAACUUGGAGAGGGAAAGGGAUUUUUAUAAUCUAAAUAAUCAACAGUAGGAAUGGCCUCAUAUUUUAACUUUCAAAUAAUAAAGCCAAGCUAAUAUUUGGGUAGUGUCUGCAUUUUACUAAUUCUAUAUAUCUUCUAGUUAAUUGUUAGAUUAAUGUCAAGUACAUCAACGAAUCAGGGUAUAAUUGCCAAAAAAUGUUAAAGUGCCUUAGACCUCUCUCACUAGGUAGCAAAUUAAAACUGGUGUAGACCAUGCCAGCUUUCUACCCAAAUUCAAAUGUCUGAAACAUCAAGGAGGUGUAUCUUUGAUGAAAAAGAUUUAGAACCCUGGAUAGUAUAUCUUGUUACCAAUAGCUUAUAAUGAAGUAGUUGCAAAAUCUUUUUCAAUUACUUUCUUUUACUACCCAUUUAUUCUCUUGGGAAAGUUGAUGAGCGAGUUAUCCAAGAAUUAUUUCCCAUUAAACAAAGAAUUUCCUCCCUAAAAAUCUGAAUUAUGCCCUCAUUCUUUUUCAGGAAACAUAUCAAAGAACAAAUGGAAUUAAAGAUGCCACUUAAUGGUCUGAUUCCUUAGAGUGAAAAAAAUGAUCAUGUGAUUUAAUAUUGGUGAAACAAAAAUGUAAACUUUGAUGAAAAAUUUCCACAGCUGAAUGUUGUGUUGAACUUUUACCAUGCUAUCUGUUCAGUGGACUGCUUUGUUUUUUGUUUGGUUUUGUAGUUUAAACUUCAAUUUAUCAUUAGUUUAACGAAUUUGGGGCUCUCUCUCUCUUUACUGGGAAUAUGUGCAAUCAUGAGACACACCCAAAAAAAGGAAGGGAAAGAACUUUCUGAGUAGCAAAGCUGUGCCAUGAAAUAGACGUGACAUGAAGAUGCAGAGCCUGAGGAUAGUAAUUUUCUCUGAGCCUCACACACAAGUUUUUAUUUCAUGGCUUUGUCACAGGCUUUUCUCCUUCUGUGCUGUCACCUUUGAGAAAAGCAAUUGCACCUUCUCCAAGUCUGCCUUUUUAACAGCUACAGUUGAGUUGGCAAGACUUCCCCAGUUCUGAAUAUAGCCAUUUGCCGACUCCGGCCUCUUUGCGAGACUGAGUCAAAUCUGUGAUCUUCUGUUCAGCAAACACAUCAGCAAAGUGAGAAGAUGAGGCCUAAAUAUAGGCUCUAUUAACUAAACUUUUAGAUUUACUGCCUUCAAAAAGUGCCUGUUCUGAGAAACAUAAGCGUUAUUCUUACAUAUGUAUGUACACACGGUACCCAGAGUCCUACUGUGCAGCCUUCAGAAACAUACCAUCCAAAGGAGUAGGUGCUGAGAUAAGGAAACCUUGCCAAGUGGAAGAAAGUCACUCAUUUCCAAUCUCCCCUGUGGAGUGACACCGUGAAAUGGGCUGCAGACACAUUCCCUGAGCACUCCUUGCUGAUACAGCCAGUUUCUAUUUGUAUCCUACUGGAUGGUGGCAUAUUGCUGAGGUUUCCUGUACUCUGCUUCAAGACAGUGUAUGCUUUAUGGAAUUGGAACAUUUAGCCAGGGGGGAAAAAAAACUGUUGGAGAGAAUAGAGCCAGGUCCUGUCUUAGGAUAUGUGUCAUAUGUAUGUUUUAUAAACUAAGCAUUUGGUGGGUUUAGAAUGUCAGCACAUUUCUUCUCCUUUUAUCUCUCAGGCUAACAUCAGUGAAAACUAAAGAAAAGUCUUGGCUGUGAGGAUUGGAGGCUCAGGGGGCCAAAUGUCCUUGCCAGAUCCUUAGAACAUCUUUACUUUGACUCCUAAAAAUAGUAGCACAUGCUAUUUAAUUGCUUUUGUUUCCG